UGUUCCUGAAUCCACCCUCAGGUUUUAGUCUCCAGGGACGAGACUUUUUCACUAAUAACAAGGAGAUUCCUGACUUGGAGGCCUGAGCCGAGAAAUCUGAUCCCAGCUUCCAGGCAGGCCCCUGAAACAAGACACAGCACAUCCUAGAGCUGCUGGUCCUUACACACAGGAGAAGAUGACCAAGACCCAGGGACCGCUGUCAUUCGAGGACGUGGCCGUGGACUUCAGCAGGGAGGAGUGGCAGUUGCUGAGCCCGUCUCAGAAGGCCCUGUACAGGGACACCAUGCUGGAGACCCACAGCAACCUCGUGUCCGUGGGCUGUCAGGCUGCCAAGCCAGAUUCCCUCCUGUGGUUGGAGAAAGGAGAACCACUGUGGAUGGUGAAGGGAGCCGCCAAGUGUCAGAGCUGUGCAGGAAGGACAUCAGAUGGUUGCAAGGACUGUUCAGCGAAUGCUUGUGGCCCAGAGAAGGCUACUCCUCCGAGACCUGAGGCAAAAAGAUUUCACGAGUGCGGUGAUUGUCGGAGACUGUUUCCCAGUAAGCCGAAGCUCAUGCUCCAUCAGCAAACGCACACAGAAAAGAGGACUUUCACGUGUAAGCAGUGUCAAGAAGCCUUCAUCACAAAGUCAGCCCUUGUCUGUCACCAGCAGACAUGUCAUAAAGAGGGAAAGUUGUACAGAUGCAACAAGUGUGGGAAAGCUUUUCCUUUCAAGUCGUCUUUCACUUUACACCAGAAAACUCAUUCAAGAGAGAGACCUUUCAAAUGCACAGUAUGUGAGAAAGCCUUCAAGACAAAAGCUCAUCUCACUGCACAUCACGGAACUCACACAGGAGAGAGACCGUAUGAAUGCCUUGUCUGUAACAAGACCUUCUCACAAAAUAUACAUCUCAUUAUUCACCAGCGAACUCACACAGGCGAGAAACCAUAUAAGUGCUCCCACUGUGGGAAAGCCUUCACCACGAAAGGCUACCUCACAGUCCAUCAGAGGACUCACACAGGUGAGAAGCCGUACGACUGCCACACUUGUCAAAAAGCCUUCUCCAGUAAGUCACAGCUCAUGGUUCAUCACCGAACACACACAGGAGAGAGACCAUAUCAGUGUUCUUACUGUAGCAAAGCCUGCACCACCAAGAUACAUCUCGUAGUCCACCAGCGAUCUCAUACAGGAGAAAAACCUUAUGGGUGCAGCGAGUGCCACAGAUCUUUUGCUGCCAAGUCAAUACUCAUGUCUCACAAGCAAAAUUGUCACGAACUAGGGAAGAUCUAUAGGUGCACAGUAUGUGGGAGGGCCUUUUCUUGCAAGUCCAAGCUCACUGUCCACACGAUGAUUCACUCAGAAGACAGACCCUUCAAAUGCACUGCGUGUGACAAAGCCUUCAAGACCAAGUCAAUCCUCAUUGAACAUCAGAGAACUCACACAGAAGAGAGGCCGUAUGAAUGCCUGGUUUGUCACAAAGCCUUCAAGAGAAAGUACGAACUCAUGAGUCAUCUGCAAACUCAUACAGGAGAGAAACCAUAUAAAUGCCCUCAGUGUGGGAAAGGGUUCUCCUCGAAAGGUUAUCUUGUAUUUCAUCAGCUAAUUCACACAGGAGAAAAACCAUACGAAUGCCCUGUCUGCCAUAAAUUCUUCUCAAGAAAGUCUGGCCUCAUGAUUCACCAGCGAAGCCAUACAGGAGAGAAACCAUACAAAUGCUCUCAGUGUGAGAAGGCCUACAUCACAAAGUCACAUCUCAGGGUCCAUCAGCGAACACAUACGGGAGAAAGGCCGUUUGAGUGCCUUAUCUGUAACAGAGGCUUUAUAAGAAAGUGUCAUCUUACAAUUCAUGAGCGAACGCACACGAGGGAGAAACCAUAUAAGUGCUCUCUGUGUCAGAAAGCCUUUGCCACGAAUGCAUGUCUCACAAUUCACCAUCGGACGCACACAGGAGAGAAACCAUUUGGAUGCUGUUAUUGUGAGAAAGCCUUCACUUCGAAGGCGGCGCUCACCCUUCAUCACCGAACUCACACAGGAGAGAAGCCAUAUGAAUGCCUCCUUUGUCACAAAGCCUUCUCAAGGAAGUGUCAGCUCGUAUGUCAUCAGCAAACCCAUGCAAGAAAAAGACGUAAGAAAGCCCUUCUUGAGAAAAAGACUUCACCACUCAGAGAGACCUCAGAUUCAUAAGGAAAUCUUGGGAAAGAAAUCAUAUUUGAAUGCUAUUAAAGCCUCCGUUACAGAGACGACAGUGCUCACCUGUCAGCAAACUUGUCAUGAUGAGGGAAAGAGUGUAGGUCCAACAAAUGUAAAACACAUUUUUGUUUUCAGUCAAGACUUACUUCACGUCAGUUGACUUAGCCAGGAGAAAGACCUCUCAGAUGUGCAGCAUGUUCAUCCUAGAGUUUACACAGAAUCAGCUGCACAAAGAGAAGGAAAGUGUCAGCAUUCAUAGUUGAACUCACCUGGGAUGGGCUGCAUGAAUCACACAAUGCCUUUGCUACAAAGGCAGCAGUCCUGGAUCAGAAGAAGGCAUUCAUAUCCAGAGGAAAUCCUAGGAAUAUACAUGGGAAAACAUUCCUGCAAGUUAAGACUCACUUGGCAUCAGAUGUCUCAGGCAAGAGUGAGAGCUUUCCAGUGAACUGUAUGUUCAAAGCUUUCAAGUCUAGACUCUUCCAACCACACAUCAGAAAAGUCGUGAGAGAAAUCAUGUGAGUGGCCUACAUGUUACAUGACCUUCUCCACUAACGCACAUCUCAAAGAUGUCAGCAAGUUCUCAUAGGAUAAAAACCAAAAUCUCUAGUUGAGAAUGAUUUUCCCAAAAGGCACUUCUCAGAAGUCUUUGAUGAACUCAUUACACAGGAGAGAUCUGAAUGUAAUGGGUAUUAAAAACUAUAUUUAAAAAAAAAUCCUUUCUUACGUCUCACCAGUGAUUUACAGAAUUGUCAGGCAAAAGCAAAAUCUUAGGGAUGUUAUCGUUGGACGAGUUACUUUUCCCAAGAAGUCAGUUCUCAUUAAGCUUCAGAAACCCACUCGUGAGAAACCUUCCAAAUGGUGUAUUUGGGAAAGCUUUCAGAACUGAACUCUCUGAACAACAGACAUUUCAUACAAGAGAGAAGCAUUUGUGUUCUGAUUUUAAGUACUUACUGGUCAGUUUUCAUCUGUCACAGGAAACUGACAGGAGAAAGGCCCUGAGUGUCAUGGAUAUUGCAAAGUCUGCUACAUUAAGUCAGUUCUUUUUAAUCUUCAACAGAUUCGGCAUAGCGCGAGCAAAAAAAAAAAUCCUUCUUAUAUUUGACUUUUUACCAGAGUACUUAUCAGCACUUGCUUAUGGUGAUGCAGGGCAUUGAACCUGGGGCUCAAACCCUGAAGCACAAGAGUCUCUUUGCAUAAUCAUUAUGCUCUCUACCCUGGCCCAUGCCAAAAAAAAAAAAUUCUUUAUGUACUAAGUGGCCCAGGGGAAAUGAAAAUGCUUUACAAAAGAGAGGGGAAAAAAAAGACCUGUUCAUGAAGAAGAGACAAUGCCAGGAAUGUUUUGGUCAUAGUCCUGUAUAACUGCAUAGUAAAACCUUCUAGCUGCUGUGAGAGUGAUUAGGCUUCCAUCUGAUGGUAUGUCCUCUUCCAUCACAGGUAUCUCAGAAGAAAGCAGAACUCUUUAGUGAUUUAUGAGCCAGGGUGAAUAGAAAGAGCGGCAGAGACAAUGGAGCACUGCUCUGUUCUGCAUGUGCAGUGCUGGAGAUCAAAGCUGAGCCCAGGCAUCAAGUCCUGGACUUUACCACUGACUCAUCUCCCCAGAAGAGAAACGCUUGAGUUCAGUGAUUUACAGGAGAACUUAGUUCUGUAUCUCAGGCACAGGCUAUUCAUUUAGAAGAUACUACACAUCUGGAUGCAGUGAAAGUUGAGGAUGAUUUUAAGUUAUUUUGGUGUACAUCAGCGGGUCUAUUCACUAGAGAGAUGCAGGGAAACCACACACACACAAAAAAUGACAUCAAACGCCAGCAAAAUCAUAGUAGGUAAAACCUUUUGGAACCAUGACCAUGGCAACUUGAAAAUGACAUAAAUAGGGUGGUUAACGAGAAAGCCAGUGGAUACCAUUAAUGCCUGACUUUGGUCGCAUAACUCACUGCACAAAGUAAUGCCAUCCAAUGGCCACGUCUGUCUAGAAAGUUUUAUUUACAAUGUAGGAUGCUUAAAUUGCACACUAACUCACAUAACAGAGAAAGCUUGUAAUCAGACAAGGGUUCAAAACUAAAAAAAAAAGGCAUAAUUAUAGCCCAUAAGGUGACCAUGUUAUUUCAUUGACAUGGUCUGAAAUCCCAGUGAUGAUGUGGCUGAAUUGUUGCUCCUGCUAUCAAACUUGCAACUUUUCUCUAGGGAUCUUGAGAAGUAGUGUGUGACAUUUGUCAUUUUAACCAUGUUAACAGUAUAAUUCAGGGUAUUAAAUGGAUUUAAAAAAAAUUCAGUUAGUGAUUUAAUAAUGAUUAACAAGCUUGUAAGAUAACGGAUACAAUUCACACAGUUCCAUGUCCCAUCCCUUUUGUUGGAAGCUUCCUUAUUCUUUAUACUUCUGGGAGUAUGGACCAGAAUUCUCUAUGGGUUGCAGAAGGUGGAAGGUCUGGCUUCUGUAAUCCAGGGUGUUAAGUGGAUUUUUAAUAUUUAUUUAUUUAUUGGAUAAAGACAGAGAAAUUGAGAGUGGCGGGGGAGGGAGAGAGGCAGAGAAACAGCUGAAGCUCUACUUCACCGCUCAUGAAACUUUUCCCCUGCAGGUGGGAACCUGGGGUUUGAACCUUUAGGUGGACCACCACCUGGCACCCCCACCCGCUUUUUCUUUUUUAAUCACAGCACUGAUGGGCUCUAGUUUAUGGUGGUGAUGGGCAUGGAACCUAAAGCUUCAGGCAGGAACGUCUUUUGCAGGACCAUUAUGCAGUCAUCCCAGCUCUUUGAGUGGAUUCAUAGUUUUGUUACCAUCACGUCCAUUUCCAGAAGUUUUUUUUUUUUUUUUUUUAUCAUCCCACACAAGUAGAAUCACUUCAUAUUUGUCCUUUUAAGUAACGCACUGGCGUGAUGUCCUCAAGAAAUCAGAAACCUCUUCUACUUCAGCCAGCUUUGUACAUUCUAUGGACUGUGCCGACAGUCAUCGAGAAGGCUUUCCAUGAUCACGGGGAACUGUUAGCAUCAUCAUAGCAUUAGAAAGGGAGACAGGGCUCAUCCAUACAGAUUUUAUGAAUGCAGUGAAUGAAACAGAAGCAUCAGUCACAAAUAAUAAACUUUUGUUUUUCGUGGAUCUAUUUCUUCAUAUCUAACCAUGUUUGGAAGUGUAAUAUAUGUCACAGCCUAUGGGCUGUUAUUUGCCCUGAGUUUUCUGUGUCAUGGUGAUUUUAGAGCUGAUUAGGUAAAGUUAGGAGCUUUUUCUGUAAUGGUUUAACAUAUAUGUUACAUACAAAGUACUCUAAAGAGUACUCUACCAGUGUUCCACAUUUUCACUGUGAAAAUUCAAUGACUUUGGAUAUAUGAAAAACAUCAGGAACCACCAGGUACUGGUACAAUAGUGGCAGUGGGUUGGCAGGGGUUCUGUUGUAGUGUGUGUACCACAUAACAUGGACUUUAUGUGUUUGAUAUUACACGAAGAAACGGAGGAAUGAAUUCUCAAAAGAUAAGAGUUUAUUGAGUAAUAUAUUCUAGUAGAAAAUAGAAAUGCCCUAUUUCUUUAUGAGUAUGAUGUUCUGUAAUUAUAACGUAAUUGUAAUAUGUAACUUCUUAGUAAAGCUUAAAGAAUUAUA